UCGGUUAGAAGAGUGGAAGAGAGAGGUCGAGAGCGAGCGCUAGCCGUAGCGCGCAGAUCGAGUUCCAGAUCGCAGAUGGACGUCCGCGCGAGCGUAUCGUCACGGGCAGCGCGACGCGCCGUGUCGUCGUCGUCGUAAGUGUGCCCGUCGUCGUCGCGUAUCGUGUGUCGUGUCUCGUAUCGCGUUUCGUCGUCGCGGUCGUCGCGUUUCCCAUCCGGGAUUACGAUUUAUUCUGGCGUCGUUCCGCUGGAUUUUCUCGCGGUGACAUUCAGAGUAAACGAGCGAACGAACAAACAUAUGAGCAGCGAAGCUAUGUGCUGGAAUCGCAGUUGUUCGCGUACGGCUUUUUUUUAUCGAUAUAAAUUCGUGAAAAUUCCACGACAAAUCGAAAAUACCAGUAUUUUUUAAUGUUCUGAAGUGCAUUGCGAAGUGUGCUCUGACGUUCGCUCCGAAACACUUCCGCCAACUGAAUAACCAUAGCACUAUCGCACGACAAGUGAUACGCUCCCGAAUUUCCGACGCCAGUAGCAACGACUCCAGUGACGCUUGACAGCAGAAGCGGAUUCGGAGUGACGGCGUAAAUCCACGUGCUACAGUCGGGAGUGUCGGAGAGGCGAGGUCGUGGCCGCCGCGCCGCGUCGAUCGACGGGGGAUACGCGUACGGGAGUGCGCAAGUGUGUGAGUAAACUCCUCGAGUGGGGCGAAGCCAGGCGUUUCGGCUGGAUUGCACUGACAGUCGACGGGAGUGUGUUGUACGCGCGGGUGGUGUUGUACGCGUUGCGCUGCGCUCGCUCGCUGGCGAAUGUCGUGUGUCGCGAUCGCGUAAAUAAAUACACCACGCAGCGCGACGCAACGUAACGCAACGUUAACGCGACUUUGUCGCGUCCGACGAGAGAUUAAGCGAGAUUUCGCGUGCUCGCUCGCGGUGACACUCUCGACAUCGGUCGAGAUCGAUGAACCCGGAACGUUGCCUCCGGUCGUUGUUUUCGCGAGUGAAAAAUUUCAAGUGAAACACGAAGAUUCGAACGGAGAUGAGAACGCGGUGACUGUUGAAAUCGCUGUUUCUCCUGACUAUAAUUCGCGAGUGUGCGAACAAGUGCGGGUGUUCCGGAGGGCGGCGAAUUCCGCUUUCCGUCGCAAGCGAAGAGCGGUCUCGGAGCCAAAUUCCGAAAUCCACAGUGGUGGUGACAUUUCCGUCGUCGCGCGAUUCCCGUCGCUGAACAGCUGGCGGUGGAAUCCUGCGGAAGAUUGCCGGCGCGAUCGACGUCAACGACCGGCGUACCGCGAUCCCAUAAAGGAGAGCGAGAAGAGAGAUUGAGAGGGAGAAAAGUACGUGCGUAUCAACGCGAGAUUCCCGAGAUUCGCCGACGUUCCGUAUCGACCUGCGUAAAGUGUUCGCGUCCGAAGGACUUGAGUGAUCGAAGGCGACACUCAUGUGAAUAAACACUUUGCGGAAGAAGAAGUAGCGAUCUCCCCCGAGACCUCACGCACAUUUCGCUGGGAGGAAUCGGAAUCCACGGAUCCGCCGUGAUACCGGAAGCCAAGGCGGAUCGGAGGGUGAAAAAGGAAGGAAGGACGAAGGCGAUGCUGCGCCUCGGCUGCGAUCGCGGUUAAUUCGCACGUGUCGUCGCGGAUAUGUCGGGUGGCACGGCGGGCGGUGGCGGCGGCAUCCGCGGCACCGGCGCCGAGUGCAGGAAGUUCGCGCCGAACAUAUUCAACAAGAGCAAGUGCAGCAGCUGCUUCAAGCAGAAGGAGGAGCACAGCGCGGAGGCCCUGGAAUGCAACAGGGCUACAAGGAAGAUUUCCAAAUGUGGAUAUCUGUUCGUUGCACCUGGCUGGGACUUCUCGAACCCCUUGAACCGGACUAAGAGAUGGCAAAGGAGGUGGUUCGUUCUCUACGACGACGGGGAGCUGACGUAUUCGGUCGACGAACAUCCCGAAACGGUGCCUCAAGCGAGAAUCGACAUGACUCGCGUCCUGGAGGUGGCCGCGGCCGAGGACGUCACAGGACACCCUUACAGCCUCGCCGUCACCUCGCCGGAGGGUGCGACCUUCGUCAAGGGAACGUGUCGCGAGGAGACCAGAUGGUGGACGGACGUUCUUCAGGUGUAUUCGCGAAAUAAGGGUCGGCACAAGCGAAACGCAACCUUCCCCGGCGGACAGACGACGAUUCUGCAAGUUACCCCAACGAUUCGAAGUAAUACGCCAAAUCCGCCGCGACCGCGCUUCAAUAGCUGCCGAUCAGAGCCGCGUAACAGCAGCGCAUGGAUUCCCGAAACGAGUAGCGGCACGGGAGAUCUGUGCUCCUCGGUGUUCUCAUCGACGCCGUCUUUGGCGACGACGACCAUCGCCACGACCACCAGCAGCAGCGUACUGUCCAAUGGCAACACGGACAGCGUCGCCGAGGUCAGGAACAGCUUGCCGUCUUUGCGUAGCGGGACGCCUCUCGAGAACGGCUCCACCGGAAGCUACCUGACCACCGCGACGUCGACGACGACGUCAUUGAACGGCAGUAUCUGCAGCACGGUUUACUCGACGACUCCGGCGACCAUCUCGACUGCGACAACGACGAGCAGCGUCGUCUCGUUGACUGAGAAACCGCCGAUGGUCCCCUGCGACAGUGCGAGAUCGAGCUAUCGGGAUCAACCUGCUAGUAGCGCAUCGCCGCCGACUCGGGACAAGCUUCGCGCCGAGGACAAGGCCAGACGCAGAAUGAAUCAACAGGGCGAGCGAACGGGCGGCAUCAUCGGCGACGCGCCCAGCGCGGCCAUCAGCGAGAAACUAGACGAUGACGCGUGCCGGAGGAUACUUUUGGAGCACGAGCGGGAAAGAGAGGGCAAGCUGCGGGAUAUAGCAGCCUCGUUAACGCAACCACGAGCGAGAAGAGCUAAACCAAGAACUUCGGAGCCGACAAGGGACGUCGUGGACGCUGUCAAUGCGGCUCAUCAAGAUAAGCUUAUCAGAGGCGAUCCCGACGGUUGCGGGUUGGAUAUUUCCGGCAGCAGAUAUUCGCCCACCUCCGAGCUGAGAGUCGAUCUGCCGGCGGAGGACUUGCUGAACAUCAAGAAGGGCUGGUUGAUGAAGCAGGGAUUGAAUAAGGAAUGGAACAAGCACUGGUUUGUUCUGAGAGGCUGCGGACUGAUGUAUUACAGGGAUCCCUGCGCGGAAGACAAGGGCAUCAUGGACGGCGUUAUAGACCUCAACACUGUCACCGCGGUCACGCCUCUUCAAGUCGCGAGAAACUACGGAUUUCAAACUGUCGCUUGGGACGAUAGAGGCACCACGGUGCUGUCUGCGGUGACCGCUGGUAUCAGAUCCAGUUGGAUGUCAGCUAUCAGAAAAGCGGCCAAUCUGCCUGAUCCUGACAAUGUAGAUUCUCUCACGGUUUGCUCGGACACUCAACAAGAGGCGAAUCCGCAAUCGCCUACUACAUCCAUCACGGACCGCGAAAGGGACUCCGUCGUUCCCUCCACGUCCAUCACGCCCAGAUCGGUCCUGUUCUCGUCCGAUGAGGAGUACAGAACCGCGUCCGAGGGUGGACGAAGAGAGUCGGGCGAUUGGUCAGAGAUGCCGGUAUCGCCGCCGCUCGUGAGAAACGGCGACUGGUCUAUCGCGCUGAAGGGUUCCGGCUGGUCGGAUUCGGCGAACCACGAGUGGUCGGAUCUGCCACCGUCGCCGCCUUUAACGAGGACCGCGCUGUCUCGGGUGAAGGCGCGAUCUAGAUCGAGUUCCCGAUCGAGAGUCUAUAAGAGGAGCCGCAGCUCACCGCCAAGCUCGCGGAGGAGCACCCUGGACAGCGUAAGAUCGGAGGAUCUGAUGAUGGCUUGCUGCGAGCUCGGCGAGGACGAGGAGCAGAGCAACGGCCAUCUGCAGAGCAACAGCUGCCUGUCGAGCGCCAAUGACAGUCCUCUGAUCGUCGAGCUUCUGGAGAAUCAAGUGUCGCUUCUGCGCGAUCAGCUGGAUCAGAAUCAAUCCCAUCCGAGCACGUUACUAGUCAUUGUCGAGCGUCAGGAGAACGAGAUCGAGAGCCUGAAGUCGCAGCUGAACGCGGCGCGCACGGAUCUCGCGAGCGCGGAGAAGGAGUUGGCGAGGCUCAGACAACAAAAGGCCGAGGCGUCCAUCAGGGAGAAACAGGUGGAGGAACUGCUGAACACGAUACAGAGGACCGAGCAGCAGAGGAACAAGGAUCUGGACGACUUGGAGAAGAUGAAGAAGGUAUACAAUAGGGAGAAGGAGGUCUUGGAAUGUAAGCUGCUGGAAACGGAGGCUAUCCUGAGAGAGACGACGGAGAGAUGCGAAAUGCUCACGAAUGAAUUGACGUCAAGUCACCGAACCGUCGAGCAUCUGCAGACGGAAGUGGCGGCUCUCAGCGACCGAUUGUCGCAAGGCAUCGAGGAGAACGAAAAACUGUACAACAGAGUGAGAGAAUUGGAGGAGAAUGGACUCGCCGCUUCGAGGGAACGUGGAAGAAGCUUUGACUCGCUCAGCGAUCUGACCAACAUCGAGUUGGACUUAGAUUUGACCGCAUUGGACAAGGAAAGGGUUAUGGAGGAGUACGACGAGCUGCGGAGUCGCUUCGAAAAAGCCGUCAUGGAGAUUCGAGCAAUGAGAAAGGAGCUGCGAGAAGCUCACGCCACUCAGGACGUCUUGGAGUUAGAAAUCUUUGCUCAUAAGCAGAACACAGCUGGCGUCACCGAGAACAAUCAAGCACAGAUUCAGCUGAUGGCGGCGAGGAUUCAGGAUCUGACUAACAAGCUUGCCGCAAGUGAAAAGCAAGUUAGGACGCUGAAGCAGAAGCUGACAAAAGUCGAAACUAGAGAUAAAAGGAGAUCACUUUCUCUCAAGGGAAGAGAGUCUUUUCAGAUUUCGCAAGAAGUGGAGGACAAAUUGCUGGAUUUGGAGAACAAGAUAAGCGCCAUAGAGAAGGGCAAAUGCAUCAGCGCUCCUGCCUCGACGGGCAACAGCUCGAAGGAAUCGAGUCCUAAUGCGAAGAAGGAGAAGAGGAGGGAGAGCAAAAAUCUGGACCGUAGCAGACUGCGAAGGAAAUCGUUGGACAGCGCGACGAGUUCCGAACCAAUGAAAGUGCUGAUUAGACUGAGCACUCUGGAGACGAAAGUGGCGAAUGUCGCCGAGACCAUGAUCAGCGACGCGGAGAAGGAUUCCAGCGAGUGCAGCGAGAUCAACGGAUCUCCCGAGAUAUCGCUGGAAGCGCUGGCGAGGCUGAAGAAGCUCGAGCGAGUGGUGUCGAAGUCGAAGCGACGUUUAGAAAAAUGUCUCGGCUCGACGCAAGCGGAGGACAAGGCCGAGAAGUGUUUGCGCGAGGUGAACGAGAUACUGGACUCGUGUUUAGAGUGUAAGAAGAACCAGGCUGGCGCACAAGUCACCGAGUCAGUAGGGAUAAUAGUGUCUAGGGUAGAAACUAUGCUUAAGGACAAACUGUGCGAGCUCAUAAAGAGACGGCAGGCGCUGGCGCAGGAGGGUCGGCUGGACGAAAGGGAGAAGAUGAGACUCGUCGCCGAGAGAAUCGCCUACGAAUCCGUGAUUCUGCGGCAGAUAAAGUGCGCGCUGACGCGCACGACGGACAGGAGCGUCGUUCUAAGCGAAUUGGUCGAAACUAGUCAGCUUGCCUCAAGCUUAAAGCGUAAGAUUCACGGAACCAAGCCCAAAACGUACCAAAACACGAAUUACAUUCAGUAUCUCACUAAGGUGUUAGCGAAUAAGUUAGUGCUGAUAGGACGCGCCGCCGCGACGACGGACACGUCGUCGAAGGAAGUGAUCGCCGCUCGCAGCGAGAGUCUCAACUUCCUGCUGCAGAAGCAGUGCGAGAUUAACGAGAUUAUGCGAAAGUAUAAGGAGACGAAAUUGCGACAGCUCGCGGAGGCUCUGGCCACCGAGACGCUGAGUCUGUCUGAGCAGGAGGACCUCGUGAGUAAGCAGAGCAGCGGCGCCGGCGGCGGCGCCGGCGGCGGCGGCUCUAACAAGAAGCUGCUCGAGGACAGGCGUAUUCGCGAGGCAUGGGCCUUGGCGCAGGAGACCGUGAGCAAGGAACUCGUGCAGGCCGAGGUGUCCCACGUUAUCAUGCGCUACGGUCAGCUGUACGAGCAGAACGUCACGUCGAUCACGGAUAUCUGCCUUAGCUUCGACAGCGCGGACAAUAUCAGGCUGGAAUCGUGGGUGGACGCGGUGCAGGCGAGAUUGCGCCAAGAAAUGGAGGUCUCCAUACACGAGCUGUCGGAGGCUUACGAGGAGUGUCUGCGCACGAUAAAGAAGAACAAGUCGACGACGGCUGACGCGAAGCACGAGUCCCGUCAGCUGUUGACGGACUACGCCGACGUGAUCGCGCACAAGGCUUUAAUAGACUCCAGAAUCGCCCUUCUUCAGGAAACCGCGCGACAGCCGUCCACCGCGUACCCGGGGGAGACUUUCGUAUCUAGUCUUAUUCGAAACGAAGAGAUUCUUUCCUGUCUUGCGAACGACGAAGGAUGCGACUUCCAAAGUAGCCCGAUUCUCGACGCAGAAUACAGUUACCUUUACCAACGGAUGACCAAGGAAUGCGAGGACAGGAUAUCCGGGAAGCGGGAGUCGAAGGAGCAGCUGAAGAACGUCAGUCAGUCGUUGUAUCACCUCGAGGAGGAUCUAGCCGAGCUCGGCAAGUGUAUGAGGGUCAGAGCGGGCGUGAGCGUCGACAGUGGCGUUUGGUCCAAGUCGACCGGCGGCAUCGCGGACUGGUCGGGCGUGUGCGACAAGUGCCUGCACUUACGGGAACAGAUAAGAAAGCUUAGCGAUCACAUGAACGACGCGUCAUGCCAAACGUGCGACCAACUUCAGAAUACCAUUCAGCGAAUAACUGCCGAGCACAAUCAGGAAUUGGAGGCGCUCAAGCGCAACCAGGAGAGAGAUCUGAUGGACAUCAAGGGCGAGUUGGACAAUCAGCGUCAUUCCCUGACGACGCAGUACGAGCAGGAGGCGGCCAGCCUGCGCGAGAGAGCCAGAAAAUUGGAGCACCGCCUGAACGCGAUGGACUCGGAGCAUUCGGCUCACGUGAACGAGCUGAGGGCGGCCUAUCAGCGAUCGAUAAGCACCGAGCUGGACACUGACGCCGAGACCCGGAAGCGUUACAAGGAGGAGAUCAAGCAGCUGCGCGCGUUAUGCGAGAAGGGUUUGCUGGCUAUGGAGAACUCGCACAGGCGCAUUAUCGCCGAGAUGGAGGAGAAACAUCGGCAGGAGCUGGAAAACUUGAGAGUGGAGAAGGAGCAGGCGCUCUCCGAAGAGACGCAAGCGACUCUGGCUGCAUUGGACGCCAUGAGGAAGGCACACGAACACGAGGUGCAGAAGGAAAUCGCCAAGUUCAAGCAGGAGUUCAUCAAGCAGGUGCAGGCGCGCGAGGACAUCGGCGUGCUGCACAAGGAGCACGAGGAAGAAAUGGAGGAGAUAAAACAAGAGAUUCUUUCCCUGUCCGCGAAAUAUUCAUCCAAGUGCGUAGAAUCGGCCGCGUUGGAGGAGAAAGUGGGCAAUCUGUCGAAGCAGCUCGCUCAGGCGCAGCAACACAUCAUGCAACUGGACGCGAGAAACAAGCAGUUGAGAGCGCAUCUAGUGCUAGAGACGAAUGACAGCGGCAUCAGCGCGGACAGUAUGCAGCUUCUGAGGAGUAGAGACAACGAGCUCGCUGAACCAAGGGAAGAAAUGCAUCGGCUGCAACAGCAGUUUAAGCAUGGGGACGCCCCUCGUGAAUCGUCUGGCGUACCGUCGAAAGCCACCCCGUCGCUAGACUACUCGCCCGCCUACUCGCCGCAACGUAUCCGAAGUAGCCGAAGCGGCAACGAGUCGAGAUUAACGAGCGAACGGAGCCCGAAAGAGGCGAGCGGCCAGUCCAGCGUGUUGCAAAGACAAUCGCUGUCGAUGGAUCGGCCGCGUAGCGCGUUCUCGUACAGACUCGAGCGCGUAAAAUCCGUUUCGUUGCCGUACUCGAGUAGUCUGGCUAGGCCGGCGAGUAGCGCCGGCUCGCACAUUGACGGGAAAGAGCCGCUGUCGAGCUUUGAACAAAAGGAACGUAACAGCAGCCUGUUGUGGGACAGCUUGAGACCGAGGAGCGGCCUACCUCAUCAGUAUCAAGGUGGCACAACAACAGAGAUGCGAGUCAGCAACGGCACUGGCGCCCAGCGGUGGCAGGAGAGCAAGCAGAAUGAAAAGCAGCAGCAGCAGCAGCAACUCUCGGAGGCAUACACCGUCCGUGCCGACACUCGUCACACAUCCCGCCUCACCCCGGAACCCGCAGCUCUCUCCGUUGCAGAGCUGAUGAGGUCUCCAGCAGUGAGGUGGUCCAGCAGAAGUUGUCGCAGCCUGCCCCCAACACCCACGCCGAGUUACCAUCAUCCACUUCAUCCUCCGCUACCCGCCGUGGGCAUGGUUGCUGAGAGGAAGAAGCGCUUUGAACUCUGAAAUUCUUGGUCUUUCUUCGUUUUAUUCAAUUAACAAAAUGUAUCACGUAGUAACGUGUGCAUAUGGAGAAAACGAUUGAAAUAAUUGAACAUAUUUAAAGAAGAUAACGUUUCAACAGUCUGGACAAUAAAAUAAUAGACUUUGCGGAAUUAAUAGAAGAGAAAAUUUUAUUCCGAUGCGAGCUUCUUUAUUUUGAAACUGUAAGACUGAAAACAUUUCGAUAUUGUCACUCGUGGAGCAGUAAAAUACUUUUUAAAAUGCUCCACGAUGAAAUCGCCUUUGAACAAAAUCGUAUCCGCGUAUUCGUAAAUAAGUGAAUCACAGUUUCAGCACUGCCAUAUGAGAAUCGUGUGAGGCUUGGACAAUUUUUGGAGGACCAAAGUUAAAAAGCUGUCGCGUUCGUUGUGAAUAUUGAGCAUGUUUAUCAGGUAAACAUGAUUCAAUAGCCGAAGCCAGAUUGCUAAAGAAGAGAGCGGGCAAUGCCUCUUUCUCUUCCACGGUACGGAAAACGCGUAACGUCGAGAGUCUAUCGCGAACCUAUCAACUGCGAUAGGUUGUUUUCGACAGAAUUUUUCCUGGAAAAUUUUGCUAAACGUAUUUAUUCGCGCCGCGCUAUUUACGAACGGCCGUUCUUUGAUAUGCAUUUAGACUUUGAUAAGAGGAUUUUUUAACGUAGAGUCGCGAGUAAGCUUUUUGCUACGAUUGACUUUUCGCAAAUAUCUAUUUUGAAAUACAUAUUUCCGGGCAUUAUUUAUUGCGAAACUAAGCGCGAAACUUUUCACGAUACACUCUUUGGUGCUAAAAGCAAGCCUGAGUCCAGCAAAUGUGUACUACGCGUCACGUGUGUACGAUCGUCGUGAUUAUAUUCUAACUUGGGAUUCAGUUUCGACGUAAAAGUAUGUAAAACCGAGGACAAAUUUACCAGAUGUUUGUUUCAAUCUUUACGAAAUUGAUUGAGUACAUUUAACAACGAAAGUUGUUUUGGUUUUAUGCUAAUUAAAUCGUACUGUGUACCUAUUAUGAAAGAUUAUAUUAAGUAUACUAGCAUUCAAAUACGAAUGCUCAAAUGUUGAGUCAAAAUCAUAAAAAUUUUUAUAAUUUCGUAGGAUAUGUAUUUGUCGAGUGCUCGUCGAAUCGAAGAAUCGAUUUUAUAUUUGUUAAAUUAGACUCUGUGCUUGAAUACGUCUGUUCUCAGAGAAGAUGCUAUUGAGUUUGUUAUCUUUAAGACACACAAAUAUUUUAUGAAUUAUACGAUUCUGUGGUUAAUAGACAGAAGAUAGUUUUGAGAUGAGGUUAAGCGCGUGUAAAAAGAAAACGAGAAAUUUUAGUUUGUUAUUCGAGAACGAAGAAAUCGUUUUACGCUUGUUUCUCGCUCUUGUUAUGUAUAGAUUUUGCACAUAAUACGGCGUUAUCGCAUUGCACUAUGUGUUAUCGCAUCUUCCUAUUAUGUAAAUGUUUUCAGAUUGCGAUCAUUUGAUGUUAAUACUGUAUAGUUUAUGACGUUUUAUUACGGAGUAAAAAAAGUAUAAAUAAACGUUUAAUCUUUUCCCCUU